CCGCCCUGGCUCCCAGAAGCCAGGAACAGUCAGGCACAGCUCGAGCAGGUAUCUGUUGGUCAGACAGGAAUGGGUGACAUGAAGACUCCAGAUUUUGACGACCUGUUGGCAGCGUUUGAUAUUCCAGAUAUUGAUGCGAAAGAAGCAAUUCAGUCCGAGUCAGGGGAUCCUGAUACGAAUCACAGUGAAUCGGCUGGCAGUGGAACCAAAGAGAGAAGUGGCGGCUCGAAUCCAAGGCCCGUCGGACCGUCAGAAACCCGUGAAACGUCUCAUGACCCCUCUGUAGUUAGCGUUAUAGUAAAGAACAACGUAUGCGCUGAUGUAUACGAAAGCAGGAGAGAUGAUGACGAGGAGGAAGAAAGCAUGGCGAGGCAAGUAAGCGAUGUUCUGGAUGAAGCUGAGAGGUGUCGAACUGGGGGCCAGAUGUCUCCCCAGGUUGCGCACGGCUUGAUGCCAAUGGACCCGCUCAUCCACAACGGAUUCAAGGCUGUUUCGGGAGUUAUGGAACAUUCCCUGCUUUCUAGUCAAUCACAAACGCAACCGAAAGGCCAUCUAUGGUCCCCUUGUUCUCCUAAAAUAGCCAGGGAAGGUGAUGAGAGCAGCCAGGGUGACGGUCCUUCCAACCACUCUGCCAACUUUUCACCUCACAUGCCCUUACCCGCGUCCGCUUCUUCCAUCUCUUGCACAAAUUUCAUCAGCCUGCCACCGUCCAAAGUUAACGAAGAUGAAGCAGAACAUCCUGCAUCUGCCUUCGCUUCUCAAACUCAGCCUGGAAACAGCAGCUCAAGGACCGAGAUUAAUCAAGCUUUGUCUGAAGACGAAGAAUCGGAACCAGACCUUGGAAGCCCUCCGCUCAUGAUUCAAGAGAGUCCAGAUGUACAGAUGUCUUCGCCUCUCAGGUUUCCAAGCCGACAUGAGUCAUCAGGUGAUCUUCAGCCUCCUCCUCCUUCCUCUCCGUCUUUGCCUAUAAGUAAUGCUCAAACUGGAGAGAUCAACUCUGUUUCUCCACACCCAACUCCUUUGGCGUCUCAUCAAACACCCCCACGGACCAACAGCAUCCCCGAAAAGACACACCCAUCCAUACCAGAGGUAUACCCAGGACACAUUAUUGAGGAAAGGGACUCUCCCGAGAGCCCUGAGCAGGAAAUGCCAGCAUGCCCACAGUGGAAAAGCUUAUCAUCAACCCCUGCACAAGAGCUCGGAGAAAAAGAACCUGUACAAGCCAAAACCUUGGAGGUUCCUGAAAAGGAGGAGCCUAUGGAGAAUGCAAGGAAUGGACAGGAGCCCAGUAAAUGCGACAGUGACAAAGCUGAGAAAGAAAACAUGGUAGAACAAGAACCACCAUCAGUCCUUGUCUCGGUAGCAUCUGUUGAAAGCAAAUCGGAUUCUUCUGCAAUACCUUCCAGACCUCUUAAAGUUCGAAUCAAGACAGUUAAAACCCCCACAGGCAACAUCACACGCACCGUGACCAGAGUGGCUGCUAAAGGAGCUGCAGGAGCCACCUCCAAGGGCCCCAAUGGGUCUAAAAUUCCAAUAGGAAGUCGUAAGGGGGUCAGCAGGCCUAAGAGACCUGCAGAAGCCAUGUCGGGCCAGCCUCAGAACUCAAAGGCUACAAUACUUCCAGUGUCGACCUUACAGGAUGCCAGCUCAGCCAUGCUAUUUGCAGCCAGCAAGGCGCAGAAAGUGGCCUCAAGUGUCACAAAGACAUCAGCUUCACCAUCUGUUUCAUCUUCAUCCUCGUCUGCCAUCAAUAUUUGCUCGAUUGGUCAGAAAACAGUUGCUGUACCUUCCACUAAGCCGGCAUCCAUCGUAAACAGUCCUGGAGCUGUGAUCUCCCGCAGCCAGUCGAGUCUGGUGGAGGCUUUCAACAAGAUCCUCAACAAUAAGAACCUGCUGCCCAGCUACCAGCCGGACCUCUCCAUCCUGCCUCGUCCUGAGUGGGGUCUUGGCAUGCCUGCUUCAGGUUACCGCUGCCUGGAGUGUGGGGAUGCAUUUGCUUUGGAGCGCAGCCUGGCACGGCACUAUGACCGGCGCUCCUUGCGCAUCGAGGUGACGUGUAACCUCUGCGUGAAGCGACUGGCCUUCUUUAACAAGUGCAGCCUGCUUUUGCAUGCUCGUGAGCACAAGGAGAAAGGACUGGUCAUGCAGUGCUCACACCUUGUCAUGAGACCGGUCAGUGUGGAACAGAUGAUUGGCCAACAGGAUACUGUACCCAUAGGUAUGCUUUCUCCAUCUCUGCUGGCCUCCCCUUCCUUGCCUGGGUCCUUUGAUAAUUGGUGCCCAGAGUGUAAGAAUUCAUUUGGCUCAAAAGAAAAGCUAGCUGCACACUUCCAGGAAUCGGACCCCGGGGGAAUAGACACAUGCUGUAUGCAGUGCUCUCCUCCUAUGCCUCAGUGGAAUGCCUGCAGUGCUGCUGCACACCAGCGACUCCACCAGAAGCUCCACCCUCUCGUCUGCCCCGAGUGCGGACUCGUCUGCCAGUCACACGAUCUUAACACGCAUGUGCGCCGAGCCUGCCUGCAUUACACACGUCAGCUGGGAUACAGGUGUCCCUGUUGUCAGCUGGUGUUUGGAGGUGUGAAUAGUCUGAAUGCAGUAAAGAAUCACAUGCACACAGCUCAUUCUGAGGUCUUCCAUAAAUGCCCCUCGUGCCCCAUGGCCUUCAAAUCUGCUUCUAGUGCUGAUACUCACUGUAGCACCCAGCACCCUCAGCUCUCAGAGAAAGCCAAGCAGUCCAAGGAGAUAUACAAGUGUGUGCUGUGCCGGACCGUUUUUACCCAAAAAGCCCUGCUCAACGUCCAUUUUGACACUCAUCUUGUGACGCAAAAGGUUAAUGUGUUUAAAUGUCCAGAUUGCCACAAGCUGUUUACCCAGAGGAUGUCCCUCCUGGAACAUGUGAAGGCUUCACACAGGAAGUCAGCAGCUCACCUGACUCCGAAGAGUUCAGUGAAGAUGGAGAGCUCGGAUGGAGAAGAGUGGAGAAAAGAGGAAGAUGAGGAUGGAGAGGGAUAUCCAGGAGAGAAAGAGCGCUCUGCUGCUCCCAACUUUCAGAGCUGGAGCUGCUCAGAGUGUCAGAUGAACUACACAGACAAAGACGGCUACAUCACCCACAUGGCCAAAGAGCAUAGAAAGGAGCUGAAGCAGUUCCCUUGCAAUCUGUGUGAAGGCUCCUUCUCUUCCUCUUCAAGCUUGAGACGCCACUUUCGUGUCAAACACAAAGGCAUGAAGAGAUCUGUGUACUGCCAGUUAUGCACUGGCAGCAAAAAGAGCUUUAGCAGUAAACUGGUCCUUGAAAAACAUAUGCAAAUGCAUCAUGGAGGAAAAAGAGCAGCCAACAGUCAAAGACAGCCAUAUAGAAGAAGUACUCUGGGAUCCAGUGCUGUCUGAAUCAAGAAGCAGCUUUAAAAUGGUGUGUGUGGUUUUUUUACACCAAAUAUUUCCACUAUGAUGAUCUUUUCAUUGUGUUAACGCCAGCUAAGCUGUUGUACGUGAUUGUUUGGAAAAGGACUUUUUUUGGGCUGCUUGAAGUGCUAUAGACAUUUCAUACAAUGGGCCUUAGUUAUCAAGCUGAAUGCGAACAGAUUUAUUCGUCAUGUUUGUACGAGCGUUUACAAAAGAACCUUGAUCUUCAUGAAAAUCCUGUAAUCUCAGAAAAAAAUGGUCGUGUCCUACUCGUGCUCCUGACUGUGUAACUUUACACAUGAACCUAAGACGACUAAGAAAUGAAAUUUCAACUUGACGGACUUCAAAUCAUAUAGUUUGGAUGGAAAAGCUAGGUGGCAAAAAGACUAGUGGAAGUUUAUAUUUGGAAUACCGUCCCGUUUAAAAUGCUUAUUGCAUAUUGUUACGUUUACAGCAUUUAGCAGAUGUCCUUAUUUAGGCCAAAUUUACAUUAGACCGUAUCUGUCUCGUUUUCUUCGCGGAUGCACUGUCCGUUUACAUUAAAACACCUGGAAACGGGAAUCCGCCAGGGUCCACGUAUUCAAUCCAGAUCGUGUCUGGUCCGGUGCUGUGUAAACAUUGAGAAUACGCGGAUACGCUGUGCUGAGCUCUAGCUGGCGUCGUCAUUGGACAACGUCACUGUGACAUCCACCUUCCUGAUUCGCUGGCGUUGGUCAUGUGACGUGACUGCUGAAAAACAGUGCGGACUUCUGCCUUGUAUCACCUUUCAUUAAAGAGUAUAAAAGUAUGAAAAUACUGAUGCAAAUACUGAUGCAAAUACUGCCCAUUGUGUAGUUAUGAUUGUCUUUAGGCUUGCCAUCCUUCCACUUGCAAGUGGUAAGUGACGCGCAUGCCCGACAUGCACUGAGAUCACACACACAGCGGCUCAGUCCCAAAUCACUGCUCGUGCACUCCACUCACGCGCUCUGUGAGCUGCGCAGGGCCGGAGUGCGCACCCUCCAGAGGGCACUCGCUGUUCAGGGCGGAGUGAUUUGGAGCGCAGGAGGCCUGCGGAGCCGAGCGUAUCCGUGUAUUGGUGUUGCUGUGUGCACGCAAAUCGUGUAUUGGUGUUGCUGUGUGCACACUAAUCAUUUUAAAAACGUUAAUCUGAUGAUCCGCUGAUACGGUCUAAUGUAAACCCCACCUUAGAGUGACUUACAGAUGUGUUGUGGAGACGAUCAAAAACACGUCCUCGUGGCAGCUUACUCGGCCUGGGAUGAAGUAUAUACAGUCGAGAAAAUUGCAUGAAACCCAGUGGCAGUAAUUAAUGAAUAUUAAUGAAAUUUAAAACGCAUCAUUCAGUUGUAGGAUAAUAAAUGCUGUUGUGUGCAGCUAUGGAAAAAAAAAUUAAGGUUCCCUUUUUUUUAAUGGCCACCGUUUCCACAGCUGUAAACCGAGGAUGGGCUGAUCUGCCUGUGCAAAUGCCUCAGCGGACGGAAGAUUAAGGUCACACCAGUGAAGAAAUGUGUGGGUAUUUUUCCCCUCCCCCCAGAAGGAUGAAAGUGAAUCACUAAAAAGAAAUGAGCCGUGUAAGAAAUACACUUUGCACUUUACAGGUGAUCAGCAUACACAAGUACAAAGAAAAUCAGCAUUUGUGAACCUUUUGUAAAUGCAGUGGAAUUUUUUUUUUUUUGGUUGAUUUGGAGCAUGCAAACAUUUACAAACUUGACUAAAAGAUUAAUAAAUGAGGCCCAGUGUUAACAUUUCCAUCUGCUACAUGGAUCAGCUCGUAAGGAUCCUGAACAGAGGAAAAUCUGUUUAUUUUCAGCUUAUUUCAUUUUGGUCAUUAUUAUUUAUCUAGCAGCCCAUUUUGAUCUCGGUCUUGUUUUAAACAUUUUUUUUUUGUCAGUCAAGAAAUAUAUCCAUCUCUCUACAUAUAUAUCUUUACAUGUAAUUACAUUUAAUACUCCCCAACCACCUUGUUUUGAGGACU